GUCAGGAGGUUUAUCUCCUGACAAGACAACUUCCUCAGUCUUGUCCAGCCAUGCUCCCUCACAAGAAGGACCUGGGUUAGAAUCUGACGAUGGGGACGAUGUUCUCUGGGGGGGGAAGCAUUGAUAUACUGCCGAUUCAGACGGCUGAGAGAGAAAGACAGAGACAAUGACGGCACUGGGCAGUGUUGUGGUUCAGACGGUCAUGUUACUGACGGGGCUGGUCGUCGUUCAGGGAGACACCCAGGUGGGCUGUGUGUUUGGGGGGAGCUGUGUGCUGCCUUGCCGCUUCCCGCCAAACAGUGAUACCAUCCUCCACUGGGUCAAGAGGAAUGGGAAGGACGUUCAGGUCCACUCCUACUACGAUGACCUGGACCAACUGGGACACCAGGACCCUCUCUACAAGGGAAGGACCUCCCUGUUCCAUGACCAGAUCUCAGGGGGCGACGCAUCCCUUGGUCUGUCCAGGGUGAACCUCCAGGACCAGGGCAGGUACCUGUGUUACGCCAGCACUUCAAAGAACAACCAGGAGACCUUCGUCACCCUGACAGUGAGAGCUCCUGUUGCUGGAUUGGAUAUUAUGCUAGUGAAAAACAUUUUCACCUGUAAGUCUCGAGGAAUCUACCCAAGACCACAGCUCACCUGGUCCGUCAGUCCUCGCCCGGCUACUGUCGCCCAGGACACAACCGAGGUCCAUGAAGAUGACCAGGGACUCUAUGACAUCAGUGGCUCCUUAAGGACUCUUUACAAUGACACAGAGUCGACCUACAGCUGCUCAGUUCAAAAUGAACACAGUGCAAGGAAAGUCACAAUCAGGCAAAUCCCUCCAAUGCAAAGUGCUCCCAGGAGUGAGGUGUUACUCCCUUGUGACGCCUCGGGGCUCGAUGACAUCACCUGGACCUUCAACCACAACCAGACCAUCCUCAGAAGACAAGCAGGACAAGAAAAGGUGGUGGAAACAGAGUGGCAGCAGCAUGUAAGAAACCUGUCUGAAUCAGGCAGCCUCCUGCUGUAUGUGACCUCAUCAGCCCAGAGUGAAGGGACGUACAGGUGUACUCUCAGGUACGCAGACGGAGAAGACGUAACCCACAUUGAACUGAAGAUACUGGAGGACCCUAUUGCAGGUAGGCUCUUGGUGAAAAUACAAAAGCAAUCUGUGAGAUGCUAAAACAUACGUGGUGUAAAAAAGCGACAUUGUGUUUUUACACUUGGCUGAUGCUUGGGGGAGUAAGGCAAGGGUGUCUGUUGUCUUCUUUACUGAACCAUGUUCACUGGGCCAGUAACU